AUGGCUCAAGGAUACUCUCAGGAGGAUGGCCCCGUUGAGGCGCCACCAGGAGUCAUGAAUGCUAAGACAAUUUGCGAACCCCUCUCUGAGAUCCCGGAUCCUGCUCGGGAAGUCCUGGAGAAAUGGAGUCAGAUUCCUUCCGCUGAUGUAGUUCAGCAUGUGAAUGAUGUGAGGGACCGCGCGUAUGAAGUGUAUCCAUGGCCAUCAAUUGGUCUCUAUCAAUUUCUUGACAUCCACAUGUUGGGGUUCGACUCUUAUCCUGAAAUCCUUCAGUCGAUCAAGGAAGGAGGCCUAUUUUUGGACCUAGGGUGCUGUUUCGCACAAGAGAUUCGGCAGCUGGUCCUUGAUGGAGCACCAGCAGAAAAUGUCUUCGGUGCCGACCUAUCUAUCGAUCUCAUGAACAUGGGAUAUAAGCUAUUCCUGGAUGAGGAAAAGCUCGGUGUCAGAUUCAUUACAAGUGAUAUUUUUGACAGCCAAUCAACCCUUAGGUCAGAGUUCAAAGGUCGAUUCAGUGUGAUUCAUGCCAGCAACUUCUUUCACGUUUUUCCAUGGGCGAAAACUAUUGAAGUUGCUAAAAUCACCCUCGGAUUGCUCAGUGAUCAACCUGGAUCUACUAUUUUAGGCACUCAGGUUGGUACUAAGAGAGCCAAAAACGUCGCUUUUCCCCAUGUAAAUAAGACUGCUUUUUUCCAUACCCCAGGAACUUGGAAGAAGCUUUGGGUUAUCGCCGCUGAGGAAAUGGGCAUUCAAGUCGACGUCCAGGCGACUGAGUCUUAUUUCCCUAGUCAUGAUUUACAUGGAUGGCCCGAAGAGCUGGAAUUCAUUCGGCUACGCUUCCAGAUUAGGAGAUUGUCCUGA